AUGCCAUUCUUACAGCCCAGACGUUGGCAGGGAAAAUCCAAAAAACUGGGCGAGUUCAUCGACACCGAUGCCCACCAGCGGAAUUCCUCAUGGACAUGCAAACCCAACGAAUCUAGCGGACAGCACUGUCUCCAGUACACACACCCAGACUUUCGCCACCGCGCUAGCCAAGGCUGCGACAUCGUGGUUGCAGGCAAGGCAUUCGGGUGCGGACCGUCGCGCGAGCAGGCCGUCACGGCUUUAUUAGGACUCCUGGGCAUCGUCCUGCAAGAUGAAUCGCUCUACGACGCUGCGCUCGACGACCGCGACAUAUCUAUCGACUUUGCGACCAAUGUUGUCAGUGUUGGUGGGCGGGAUUUCGCCUUCCGGCUUAGUCGCAUGGAGAAAGCGCUGUUUGAGCAUGGGGGUAUUGCUUCUGCUUUUCGGAAGUUCGGGAAGAGGUUGUUUGAGGUUAUGGCUGCGCCGAGGGGGGGGGAGGGAUAG